AUGGAGGCGGAAGAGGCCCCGGCGYCGGCCAAGGUGUCGCUGCGGACGCCCAAGUGCUCGCGGUGCCGCAACCACGGCUUCGUGGUGCCGGUGAAGGGCCACGCCGGGCACUGCCGCUGGAAGCUCUGCCUCUGCGACAAGUGCGCCCUCAUCACCGAGCGCCAGAAGAUCAUGGCGGCGCAGAAGGCGCUGCGGCGGCAGGCGCCCGACCCCCCACCCAGCGACGCGCCGGGCCCUGCGGCACCAGCCAACGGCCCGGGGGCGGCCAGCGGCCCCGAGCAGGGCGGCGCGGUGGCCAAGGGCACCCCGGCCGCUGGCGGCAGCGGCAAGAGCAUGGCGCGCCGCGGGGCCCCGCUGCCGCCGUCCCCCGCCGGCGCUGCCCUCUGGGACUACGCUCACCGAACUUUUCCUCCUGAAUACGUGGUUAACCCUGAGUACUUGGAGAGAGAACCUCUGAAGGUCUACCCUGGGCGUUCUGGGGUGUAUCCUUACCACCCCUUUCCCGUGGGAUUUGCUAUCAAUCAGUCAGGCUGUAGGGGAGCACCAUCACCUCCAGGGAUAUCCCUUCAAAGAGGCUUCCGACACAUUCCCAGCAGCUAUGGGCCCGGCAGUGCAACAUCUCUGUCAAUUCCAGAUGGAGGUGGAGAUUUUCAUCAAGGAUAUUACACUCCUCUGCCUCAGUUUAUUCCACCAAGUUUCCUGCCAGGGAUUCAUUACGUUCCACCUCCUCUUCCAAUCAAUGUGUUGACUGAAACAACCAAGGAAACACGGGCUACAGCAGCUGACAGUCAGGAUUCAGAGGUGGGCUGUGAACGUGCCCAGCUGUCUUGCCCGGAAGAAACAGACAGAGAUCAAACUGCAUACCCUAAAAAUUAAAUGGCCUGGAGAAGACCUGAGUAGCAGGCAACACUGUUUUCACUGCUGAGGGGAUUAUUGAUUAAUAGGGGUGUAGAGCAACACUUAAUUAAGUAACACUUAAUGAGCAGCCACAUCAGCUGGAAGGAGAUCAGUUUUCUGCAUCACUUUAUGAUCAUGUUAGAGCUAUCAGCAUCACAGCUCUACCCUUCCUCCUUAAGCAGGAAGAACCAGCAGAAAAUUACAACUCUAAGGGCUGGUUCCGCUCUUGAGGCUGCCUCAUACCUCUCUGCCACACACACUCCGGGUAGCCUUCUCCUGCUCACAGCAGUGGUCAGAAAUGUGUUGUUUCUAUAUCUAUUUGCUGUAAAGAAAACCUGGUUCUGAGGAAGUUCUGAGUUAAGUGAUGCAGUGCCCAAAGAUGGGGUAAGAGAGCAUGGAAGACAGUCUGGAUGCUGAUUGACAUGACUGAUCAGGAACAUGAUUCCUUGGCGGUCCUCACGCAGAGGCAGUAGCAGAUAUUUGGUACACUUGUCAAGGAGGGAUUGAGAGGGAUUUGUGGAAAAGCCUGAUCAUCUCUGCUGAAAUCCAGUACCUCCUCACUGUUUUUCAGGUUAACUGCCUUUAGGGCAUCUUCCCUUCAGGUAGGGGAUAGACUAUUUGGAAUCACCUCUUACUACACAGGAUUUUGAGUGCCUGUGAUGGUUUAUACAUUAUUUCUAUGAUGCUUAACUCAGUACAACUGAAUAAACACUGCUCUUUGAUUCUGUAGGACUCAGGUGGGCAGCUAAAUGCCAAGAUUGGAAGUGUACUGAGGUUGGAAGUGUACUGUGGUGUAUCAGAAGAGUGGGAGAGAGAGACUAGGAGGCUCUAKUGCAAAACACCAUUUAGAAUGGUAAUUAGCUAAACCCAUAAAUGUUGUAUUUUUCGAUGAUAAUGUUUAGAUAAAAAUGAAAGGUGCUUACCUCUACUGUUUAGCUGUAAGGAACUGUUUUGUAUUAAGUGAAUCUAGUUGUUAAUGUUUGAAUAACUUUAGGAGAACUUUUGAAUAAUUAAAAAUGAUAUAUUAAAUUGUUCAUACAGUUUUGAUGAUAUGAGGCUUGUGUAUCUACAUGUAAGUUUUCUAGGCAAAUUUCAGAUGAUCUCCUGAACAGCUGUGUGUAACAAGCCUGACUGCAAAGAGAUUUAGACUUCAGUAUUUUUCUCCUACAUCAACUGCUGCUGUAGAGGUGAGAAAUAAAAAUAUUCUUCUUUUCUGUUGCUUACAGUAAUAAUCCCUUGCUCAGUGCAAGAUAUAAAGGAAUAGUAUUAAGCUGAAAAAAACAGAGUACCUAAAGGUAGUAGAUGAUCUGCUGGAAUGUUUCCCCUCUGGGAUGACUUGCGGCGCACAGACAGGGCUUUUCAGGGGCAGUGAGUAGAAGGGGCACACUUAAAAUUGCCAGAAAGAGAAACUAAAAAACACAUGUACCUGUAACAAAUAAUCUG